CAGCCUGGCUUUGCCCUCAUUCCUCACUGCACCAUUUUAUCAAAUUUCCAAAAUACCCAUGUGGAUUUCAAUCCUAAUAAUUCUUUUAUAUUGUAGUGAUCGCAUCUAUAACGGGUAAAAUUGUACAUGCGAUCAUAACCGAAUAAUUGAUCAACAAUUGACAAUUCCAACUUGGUUUCCAUUUCUACCCUUGAUUUCAGACACUCCAUUUUCAAAUACUCAUCAUUUAUUGCUCAUAGUCUUCGGACAGGGAUCCAAAAGCUCUUCUCGAGGCAGAAAUGGAGAGAAGGGUUUAUCCAAUGGCAGCUCUUCUCUUCAUUGCAGCUCUAAUGGCUGCUUCUCAUAUAUCAUCUGAAGCAGCUAUCUCUAAAGGAUCUUUUGAAGACAAUUUCAGUAUCAUGUGGUCAGAGGAGCAUUUCAAAACAUCUGAAGAUGGGCAGAUCUGGUACCUCUCCUUGGACAAAGAAACAGGUUGUGGGUUUCAAACAAAACAGAGGUACAGAUUUGGAUGGUUUAGUAUGAAGUUGAAACUGGUUGGAGGUGACUCAGCUGGUGUAGUGACAGCUUAUUAUAUGUGCACAGAGAAUGGAGCAGGACCAACAAGAGAUGAGUUAGAUUUUGAGUUCUUGGGUAACAGAACUGGACAACCCUACUUAAUCCAGACUAAUGUGUACAAAAAUGGGACCGGUGGCCGUGAAAUGAGGCACAUGCUUUGGUUCGACCCGACUGAAGAGUUCCACUCCUACUCAAUCCUAUGGAACGAUCACCAAAUUGUGUUCUUUGUAGAUAAAGUUCCAGUAAGAGUGCACAAGAACAAUGGAGAACCAAACAACUUCUUUCCAAAUGAGAAGCCAAUGUACCUAUUCUCUAGCAUUUGGAAUGCAGAUGACUGGGCAACAAGAGGUGGGCUAGAGAAGACAGACUGGAAAAAAGCUCCAUUUGUUUCAUCCUAUAAGGACUUUAGCGUCGAUGGUUGUCAAUGGGAAGAUCCAUACCCUGCUUGUGUAUCUACUACAACCAAGAAUUGGUGGGAUCAAUAUGAUGCUUGGCAUCUUUCUGAUUCACAAAAAAAUGACUAUGCUUGGGUGCAGAGAAACCUCGUCAUCUAUGAUUAUUGUAAAGACAAUGAGAGAUAUCCUGAACUUCCUGUGGAGUGCUCUUUGAGUCCAUGGGAUUGAUAAUCGACAUUGGAAGAGAUAGAUCCUUCUGUUUUUUUUUAUACUAUUUUUAUUCUUUUUUAUAUAUAUUUUGAGACAGACUUUAAAAUUUGUAAUUUUUGUCCCAUCUUUUGAUUUGCA